ACAUUACUACCCAUCAAUCAGCCUAUAUUGAUCUGUCAGUUUGAGUACUUCUGCUACGGAUUCAUCAUCAGCCGACUGGAGAGCUUUGAGAAAGGUCAAAAGCCAAUGAUGGAGAUGAAAUCUACUUCUUCCUGUCACAGCAAUACAACAGAUGUAUCUAAGUCUGUUGACCAGCAUGCUGAGCUGAGAAAGUCUCUCUACACAAUGUCUCUGAUUGUUUACUGCCUGGCCUUUGUUCUCGGUGUGCUUGGGAAUGGAGUGGUUAUCUGGGUGACCGGGUUCAAGAUGAAGAAAACAGUUAACACAGUUUGGUUCCUCAACCUUGCUGUGGCCGACUUCCUCUUCACAGCAUUCCUGCCCCUGAGUGUGACGUACCUGGCUUUGGAUUUCCACUGGCCUUUUGGCAAGUUCAUGUGCAAACUGAACAGCACAUUAACCUCCCUGAACAUCUUUGCAAGUGUCUACAUUCUGAUGGUGAUCAGUGUGGACAGAUGUGUUUCUGUGGUGUGGCCCGUCUGGGCCCAGAACCACCGAAGUGUACGCAAGGCGUCCUGUGUGAGUCUGGGUGUUUGGGUACUGGCUCUGAUUCUCAGCACUCCAUACUUUGUCUUCAGGGACACUGGGUCAUCACAUAACAAUGACGACAUCAUCAACUGCUUCAACAACUUCACCCUUUCUGGUGAUUGUGAAAACCUGUCUGUGCGUCAGCUGGGACAGUUUCGUCAUCAGGCCGUGACCAUCACCCGCUUCCUCCUGGGAUUUGUUGUCCCCUUCACUGUCAUUGUCUCCUGUUAUGCUGUUAUAAUCCAUCGUCUCAGAAGAAACCGCACCCUGGCCAGCCAGUCAAAUCGCGCCUUUAAGAUCAUCGCUGCUGUUAUCAUCGCUUUUUUCCUGUGCUGGGCUCCCUUUCACAUCAUGGCUCUAAUUGAGAUGGUGAAUGACAUCGCUACUAAUCGAAGUGAAACAUUAGACUAUGUCACCACUAUCGGGAUCCCUAUAACCACCAGCCUGGCCUUUCUCAACAGUUGCUUGAACCCACUGCUGUAUGUGUUCAUGGGACAAGAUUUCAAGGAUAACGUCCGCAAAUCCAUCCUGAAUGUAUUGGAGAAUGCCUUCCAGGAGGAGGUUUCUCGCUCUCACACGACAAAGUCAGUGGACAGCAAAGAGAAGUCAAGUCUUAAUACUGAGGUAUAAGGCUGCCCAUGACAUGAAGAAACAAAUAGUGUAACUGUACAUAGUAAAUCAUUUUGACACAAAUGUAUAUACCAAAUUACUUUUUUUGCUUUUGUUGUCUUUAUACAAUGACAACAAGGUGAGCUUUAAACAUUAUGCCAGAUUGAAUCAUUUCAACCAAAUGUAGUUUCUUUUAAGUGAGUUUUACUGUUUGGUUGGCUAACUGAUCAAAGAGUAUUGCCUUUUAACUACACCUACAGAAUUUUCAAUCUGAUGGUAAUAUUGUAUAAUAAGUUGCGAUGCCUUUUGUGGGCUAAACCUUUGUUGAACAAGGUAGUAGUGGAAUGUUUUUAAUCAUACAAAGCAAAUGGCUACAUGAGAUCUACGCAGUCCUGUUGUUGGCUGCUCUUUGACUCACAGCAGUGCAUUCACUCUGCACCAUUUUAGAGUUAAAGGCUAUUGUAAAAUGACAUUUCCUGGACAAAUAAGAACCCAGCAGUCAUUUAAAAAUAGGUAUUACAUCAGUUUCCAUCUGUCAGAUAAACAACAGAUUUUGAUUACCAUUCUCUUGCCUGUAUGUGACAGCAAGGAAAACACAAAGUCCCAGUUGUUUUUAGGCCAUACAAUGAUUGUUAUUGUAAUUUUUAUUGCUAUCAUAAUUUUCUAUUAUUAAAAUAACAGAUACAAGAUAUCCGCUUUUGUUGCUUUGUUACUUUCAAUAUGGUAGAUCGGAUAGGUGGUAAUAUUGUACAAUAAGUUGUAGAUCCAUUUGUGAUGCAUUUGUGGGAUAAAGCAUUUUGAAACGAUGGAAAGAUGAAAUGUUUUUUUGUUGAAAAGUGUAUUUAUAUAGCCCUCCUCCGAACCAGAGAAACAAAGUGCUAUCCAAGGGGAAAAAAGAAAGAAAUCAGAAAAAGUAAAACAUAACACACACAUAAAAUCCAACCAAGCAAACAAAUUUGCCCACAUUGAAUAACCUGUAGAGCAAGUGGCUACAUUUAUCUUCGGAGUGACAAUGGUACUUCUUCUCUAUGCUCUUUGACUCACAGCAGUGCAUUCAGUCUGUACCAUACUAGACCUGGUGGAUAUGUGAUAUGUGGGUGCCAUCUUUUUGACAAGAGAAAUCAGUCAUAAUUUCAAAAUAGGUAUUACAUUAGUUUAUGUGCACAAAACAAGCAACAAAAACAUUAGAUUUGUUUGACAAAGGGAACUGUGUGUUUUCCCUCUGUCACAUACUGUACACUCCAGAUGUUGAUAGUAUAUCUGUGCCUGUACGUUACAGCAAAGAAAACAAGCAACAAAACAAGUUGUUUAUAUGCCAUAAUUGUCGACUGUAUUGACAAUUAAAAGGCUGGCACAUCAACUAAUAACAUAGUAAUAGAUUUUGCCACAUUGUGCCUUACUUGCCAUAGAAUAUAGUAGGCUGUAAACUAAUGUAUAGAAGAGAUUUAACUGAAUGUAGAAUAUACAGUGUGAAAUAGUGUCGCUGAGCCGCUGUACUAACAGGCUUAUAGCAAGUUAGUUUCCCAACCCAGCCGCUGAUCACGUUAUGUGUGCACUUGACAAAAUUUGGCACAUGACAAGGACCACACAGGCCAUCUUUGGGUACAUACAAAGUGAAAAUUAUGUGUCAAGUGCUAGGUUUAGUAUAGCUCAUUUUGUCUGUAUAGUAAUGUUUAUUAAAUAAAUCACCCUGAAAUGUUUAUUUCUCAUGCCGCCUGCCAUGUGACUUUUGACUGCUACAUGUCCACUGCAUGCUUUGAUAAACAACUUGUUUACAUUUGUUAGUCAGCACAGGGAAAGGCUAAUGUAAGCCUAAUAAAUAAAUAUUAUAGUAACUUUGACAUUAUUAUGCUUGCAGUAGCAGCUGCAUUGCAUACUUAGUUUAGUUGGACCUUUCAUCAUUGUUAGUUGUUUGUUUUGUUUUUUUAAAAUGAUUUUUUUUUGUCAUUUUAUGCUUUUAUUUGAAAGUGAUAAUGGAGAGAGACAGGAAGUGUGGGAAAAGAGAGUAGGGGAAUGAAAACAAUGUCAAUGGUGAUUUGAUUGUUUUUUGUUGUUGUUUUUCAGCCCUAGUGGCCAACUCUACUAAGGGUUUAUAAAUGCCGAUAAUGAUGAUAACUGUUAUUGUGAUUCUUCUUGUUACCAUUAUUAAAAUAUUAUUCGGACUUGAUUGUUUUUCCACUCAGAAUGUACAUCUCAUAAUCACCACAUAACUUCACAAAACACUGAGCAGUCUCUCUUUCUCUAGUAUUUAUACAGAAAGAGAGAUAUGUGUAGGUAUCUAUCACAUGCACAACUAAUCUGAUGUAACACCUGCUAGUUAUUUAUCAUGAUUAACAAGAAGCCAAUUACAGGAUGAACUUUUUAUAGUUACUCUUUAUUGUUAUUAUUAUAGACUUGGCCAGUAGAGAGAGCUGUUUGACAUAUCAGGUGCUUCUCAGAACAAGGAGUUUAAUGUCAUUUAAUCAUCUUUGUAAUGUGCUUUAUGAGGAUCCUGAGGAAGGCCACGAGGGUCCGACAAUAAAGUUGUGCUUUACACCACAAGUGUUGCUGGACGUUUGACCUCCUCACAGUUUUUCCCUUCUCCAUGCACCUUGGAAGUAGGUGAAGUUGUGCCAGAAAUCCCUACUCGCUUCUCUGAUCGAGGACAGCAGACUUCAAAGAGAAAACACACUGGAGCACACUGACUGAUUUGCAGCCUUUAAUAGUGCAAACAGUGCUACAAAUCUGUUUGCACUAUUAAUGGCUGCAAAUCAUUUGGUAGCUUUUACAUCAUGUACCAUUAAUAUUAAUAUGUAUUAAUAUUGUUUAAUUUGUUCAUUUCAUUAGUGAAAUAGUUUGGAAAUUAAUUUAAAUUUAUGAUAACUUUAAAUGAAAUUUUAAUUGUACACUCUUUAUACGUGAAGAAAAAACACUCUGUAUCCUUUCACAACAUCAUUUUAAUGGUCUGUGCAAAGAAUUUUGUAAUGCUCUGUCAUUAUCAGUUUUAAGUUGUUGUUUGAUCUUAAAAUAAAGACAUUUGUGGACCAAUA